GUAGAGAGCCGAUGGUCUUCUGUCUUUGUGUCUGCUAGAAGGGCCCGUGUCCCUGAUGUGAUAGGUUAGGGAGCAAUUUAGGUUCGAAAAUCGGUUCAGUCUCAAGGUUUUCACCAUGACGUACGUCGAUUUUCCCAUCAACAGCCAUCUAGAAAGGUUGGCUUAUGAUGAGGUUCGAGAAAAUCCAUCCCUUUUCUCGGAUACUUGGAUGUCCAUUCUCGGCGGUACCUUUGGGUUCUUUGGAGUGAUGAGUUACAACGUUGCUCGUUUUAAACCAGCUUACACAGGUGUCUGGAGGUAUCCAAUUGCUAUGGCUGCUGGUGUCUAUGCUGGUCUCAUUAUACGUGACUGGAGACGUGAAAAAGUCCGUACCAAGUGGGCCAAGAUCAAGCAUUACAUUGAACUUCACCCAGAAGACUUCCCUCCCUACCCUGCUCGCACCAAGAUUGGUGAUACUCUGUCUCCAUGGGUUCCUAUGCGUACUGGAUGGUAGAUCAUUUGAAACUCAAGCAAAUUGGUUGUAGCAGGACUUCUAGAAGUUUAAAAGAACUUGAAUUGGUGUAAAUUUAUGCUUAGGAAAUUUAAACUUUAUAAGUUCUAUCAUUGAACAUGUACACACCGCUGACACCACUGUGAGUACAAAUCAGCAAUAUGUUUGCUUCUGCAUUGUGAAUAUGAAUUUUAUAAAAGUGUACAGUAAAACUUUGUCUUAAGUAAUCA